AUGAUAGUUACUGAUGGUCUGACAUCUGAAGGAGUUAAUGACCAAGGACAGCACAUGGUCACCUCCUCCCAGACGGUGCAUCCUUUCCCAGUGUGGAAACCUCAGGACCCUGACACAGGCAGCCCUGUCAUCAUCAGAAUUUCCUGUCCCGGUUGGUGCCCUCCAAACUCCGCAUGUGACAAUGCCAACACCUGUCGCUGUAACCCAGGAUUCAGCUCUCCAUCUGGGGAUAUCAUCACCAGCCCUUUGGAGGCCUUUUGUGACGACAUCAACGAGUGUUCACCACCCUGGGAAGUAUCCUGUGGAAAAUUUGCCGACUGUCAGAACAUGGAGGGGAGUUACAGGUGUGUGUGCAGCCUAGGAUAUGUGCUCGCUACUGGAGGGAGAGUAUUCAGGAAUGAGAGUGAGAACACAUGCCAAGACACCACCACUCACUGCCUCAACAUUGUGGGUGGCUAUAAAUGCGUCUGCAGACAUGGCUGGAAGCCGAAACCUGGGUCACCCCAUGGCCCAAACAACACUGUUUGUGAAGAAGACAUGAGCAAGUACAGCUCAGGGCAACAUGAGAUCUUUUCCUCCUGGACCCAGCCUUCUGGAAUCAGCAGCCAGAGCCUCUCCCGAUUCUUUGACAAACUUCAGAAACUGGGCAGAGAUUUCAAGCCAGAGUCAGCUAAUGACUCCAUCAAGGAGCUCAUAUGGAACACAGAUGAACUGCUGGAGACCCCAGGGGACCUAGAAAACCUGUACACAUUUUUAAUGAUAUUACACCUAUACCUGGAGGUGCAGGAGCAAAGAGUCAGGAAUGUCACACUGAACCAGAAAAACACAAUGAUGUCACUGAACUUGGAUGCAGCACAGGAAUCUGAAGACUCUGGUCCUUUCGUGGCAGGCCUGGUCUCCAUUCCAGGGAUGGGCAAGCUGAUGACUAAGGCUACUAUUCAAGACACAUUCAUGAACUUCUCCUCCAACAUGGUCUCAAAUGUCACCUCUGCCUUUCUGAGCAUUAAUAACACCCAGAAGCUCAAAUCCCCAGUCACCUUCACCUACUUUCACCCUGUGAGACCAGGACAGAAGGUGGUCUGUGCCUUCUGGGAACAUGGACAACAUGGAUGUGGUCACUGGGCCACCACAGGCUGUGAUACAGUGGGCUUUAAUGACACCACCACCAUCUGCCACUGCAACCACCUCAGCAGCUUUGCCGUCCUCAUGGCUCAGAAUGUGCAGGAGGAAGAUCCUGUGCUGUCUGUGAUCACCUAUGUGGGGCUAGGCCUCUCUUUGCUGUGCCUUCUCCUGGCAACCCUCACCUUCAUCCUAUGCAAAGCCAUCCAGAACACCAGCACCUCAAUCCACCUGCAGCUGUCACUCUGCCUCCUCCUGGCCCACUUCCUCUUCCUCAUCGGGAUUGAUCAAACCAAGACCAAGGUGCUGUGUGCCAUCAUCACUGGUGCCUUACACUACCUCUACCUGGCUGCCUUCACCUGGAUGCUGUUGGAGGGCCUGCACCUCUUCCUCACUGCAAGAAACCUGGCAGUGGUCAACUACUCCAGUGUGAGCAAACACAGGAAGAAGCUCAUGUUUCCUGUGGGCUAUGGAGUCCCAGCUGUGAUUGUGGCAAUUUCAGCAGCAUCCAGACCUCACUUUUAUGGAACAUCUACUCGAUGUUGGCUCCACCUAAAAAAUGGACUUAUAUGGGGAUUUCUUGGACCAGUCUGUGCCAUCUGCUCUGUCAAUUUUGCUUUGUUUCUGAUGACCCUUUGGAUUUUGAAAAACAAACUCUCCUCCCUUAACACUGAUGUGUCUACCCUUCAGAACACAAGGAUGCUGACAUUUAAAGCAAUAGCUCAGCUCUUCAUCCUGGGCUGCACCUGGAUUCUGGGCAUCCUGCAGUUGGGUCCAGCUGCUCAAGUCAUGGCCUACCUCUUCACCAUCAUCAAUAGCCUGCAGGGCAUCUUCAUCUUCCUUGUGUACUGCCUCCUCAGUCAGCAGGUCCGAGAGCAAUAUGGGAGAUGGUUCAAUGGGGCUAGGAAAUUUAGAUCCGAGUCUGAGAUGUACACACUCUCUAGCAGCAGGGACAUGCCUGAUGCCUCCAAACACAGCAUGUUUAAAGGAGCCCACCACACUGCUAAGCCAUCCUUUUGUAUGUCUCUCAUCAACUUGUUCACCCAAUUUCCACAGUCACUGGUUCUUCCAUCCUGUUCCCAUUGCCCAGCAAAUGUUCUCACAACCUAUUCCACAGAGGAAAUUCAAGUCAUCAAGAUGACUGUGUGA